CGCAUGCUCAAAACGAGCCGGCUCCGCUGUCCGUCGAUGUUUAAACUUGCAUUACUGAGAGAAUAUGAAAUAAAGGAGUCUAAAGCACAGAGACUCAUUUUCCCGUUGCUUUUCCGUCAGCACCUGCAGAGCCGUGCACGAUCACCGCACCUAAGGGCAGUUAUAGGCGAGCGGCGUGAACGCGUCUCUGGCUUGUCAGAGCACACUGCCUGUCAUCGGGGACCACGUUCAUUCAGGGUGAAGAUGGGGGGAAGUGCACACUCGGCUUGCCGUGUUUCCCGAACCGAGGAACGAGAAAAGUAUUUCUCGUAAUUUAUGAUUCAGGAAAAGUGCGCACUACUUGUUUUUUCCCUUGGGAUCACCUCGUUUGAAUCACCAUGCAGCAUCACGGUUCAAAGAAGCGUGUGAAGAUUCACCCCAACACUGUAACCGUGAAAUACUCCACCCACUUCCCACAGCCGGGGGAUGAAGGCUAUGACGAUGCACCCUCCUUCGAGGACUUUGGGACUUUCAUGGAGGAGAAUCCUGACAGGAAGCUGCUCGCCGACAACAGGCACGGCAGGACUUUUUUCGGCACCAUGGAAAACCGGCCCAAGCCAGCCGGAGAAAGGCGGGACAACGGCGUGGGUGAGCAGCUGCAGAGCUUCGGAGAGGCGUCUGUUUUCACCUCGCGGGUCACCUGGGCUGCUCUGUUCGGAGCCGCACUGGCACACGGCUGCGUGGCGCUCAUCACACGCCUGGCGGCUGACCGCUCCAAAGUGCCCUCUCUGGAGCUGCUCUUCAUCCGCUCGGUGAUCCAGGUGCUCUCCAUUGUGGUCGUCUACUACCACCAGGAGGCGCCAUUCGGGCCCAAGGGAUACAGGCUGCUCCUCUUCUUCUACGGCGUGUGCAACGUCAUCUCCAUCACCUGCGCAUACACCUCCUUCGCCAUCGUCCCGCCCAGCAACGGCACCAUCAUGUGGCGAGCCGCUACCACUGUCUUCAGCGCCGUGCUGGCCUUCCUGCUCAUCGAUGAGCGCCUGGGUCUGACGGAUGUGGUCACCGUGGUCACCAGCGUGUUCGGCCUCUGCCUGGUCAUGAUCCCCAACAUCGUAGGCGAAGAUAAGACCGCGCUGGGCUUCUGGAAAGAGGCCUUUGGAUACACCAUGACCGUCAUGGCUGGUCUGACCGCCGCCCUCUCUAUGAUUGUGUACCGGGCCAUCAAGGAGCGUGUGAGCAUGUGGACGGCCCUUUUCACCUUCGGCUGGACGGGCACCAUAUGGGGAGCCUCCACCAUGUUCGUUCUGCAGGAACCUAUCAUCCCAUUGGAUGGGGAGACCUGGGGAUACCUACUGGGGAUCUGCGUCUGUUCCACUGUGGCGUUCCUGGGAGUCUACUAUGCCCUGAACAAGUUCCAUCCAGCUCUGGUGAGCACAGUGCAGCACCUUGAGAUCGUGGUGGCCAUGGUCCUCCAGCUUCUCGUGCUGCGCAUGAUCCCGUCCAUCUAUGACGUCAUCGGGGGCUUCAUCGUCAUCAUCAGCGUCUUCGUCCUCACCGCAGUCAAGCUCUACUGGGUGGGCAGGAGCAAGCGGGAGGAAUACCAAGAAAUACUCGACUCCCCGAUUAAAUGAAUCACGCCUACUUGUGUGCAGUCUUCUGAUUCACUGAUGUGCAACUGGACAGUCUCAUGAAUGUUGGAAUCAUGAUGUAUUUAUUUUGCACUGUGUUGUAAAAAGAGACAUUGUGAGCUGUGUUGUGUCUUAGUUGAUGUAUAAAAUAAAAAUAAUCUGCA